AACCUGGAAGUGUCCCGCGUAUGAGUCGGGCGGGUGUUGGCGAGCUGUGCGGCGUGCUGCCUUACCGCCCUCUGGUGCCCUGUGGGGGCUCGGGCGUGCAGGCGGGUGGCGUCUGCCGCGCUAAGGGAGGGAAGAAGGGAGCCGGGAGAGCUGUUGCUGGGGUGGUUAUCAAACUGCGGAGGAGCUUUGAUCUGGGAGCAGGGACCUUUACUGAUCGAUGCCGUAUUAAUAGCAGCCCUUGAAGAUUGCUCUGUACAUUGGCUUGUAAAUCCAGCUCCUUCUCUGCACCGUUUGGUACCAAGUGCCUUAAUGAAAUCCAGGUUGAGCCUGUGCUGUCUCUUUCACACACAUGGAGAGGAAAAGGAAAAUCGGUAUUUCUGCAGUCUCAUGGACUCUGAAAGCCACUCUGUGCACAGCCAAUGCGGUCAUGGGCAUUCUGUGCUAUUGGAACAGGCAAUAGCGAAGCUGAAGGGCAAUAGAUCUCUGCCUGUGUGCGUGCUCCCCGUGUCUAAUUUAGGAUAAAUGUGAGCAGAAGAAAUGGGGAGCACUCCCUCCAAAGCACAAGAAGCCUGGGCAAGGCUUGUGUGUCACUCAAGUAAAUCAAUGCAUCUCUGACAAGUGGUUCCUGAGAAAAAGACCUCCAAGAGCUUUGUUUUGGUGCCCUUUGAGCUCCCUAGCAUGGACAACUCUAUUAUUUAUUUAUUUAUUUAUAGUACAGCUGUGAUUUGCUGGUUUAUAUCUGGUGAAAUUGUUAGAUUCUGACUUUGAAACCUCUAUUUUAACUGUCACCUGAGAUAACAAAAGAUCCCUCAGAGGGAAGAGUAGAUAAAGACAGGCAGAUGUGCUGUGGGAAAUUAACAUUUGUAGCAAAUAUUUAACUUCAAGCCUGGAAAACUGGAUUGCUUUUUAAGCAGAUUUGUUUAGUCUCCUGAGGAAGAUUGUUGCCUGCCAGACUUUCCAAAGGAGGUGUUCAGCAGGCCCACACACGCUCUUGCUAGGCGGUGUUUAUCUAAACCUUUGAAAUAAAAAGAAUCAUUUGUCAUUACGGUACCUCAUGGCAUGCACAAACAUUGCAUAUGUGGUGGAAUUAGUGUUUGUCUCUUUCAAAGCUAGUUUCAAAACCCUAACUGAAAGAACCAACAUUGCAACUUCAAUUAUCUAUAAAAGAUAUCUCUGAGUACAUCUGGUCUCCUCAGUGGUGAGAAAACGUAUCUAAUCCAUUGGCUUAGACUCAGUUUACCUGGAAGCCUAACUGUGCUUUAGAAACUGUGAGCAGCAAUUAAUUUUUCAAAGACAUCUGUGGGCAGAAGAGCCUUUACAAAUCUUUUUACAAGCAGUUGGCUUGCUGCAUUUACUACUGAUACCUCUUAGUGUGAAAGAAGGACCGCAUUCAUACACUGUGCUUCCUACGAUGUUACAAGCCUUUCUGGAGGGCAGCAAGAUUCCAGCUGAGUUCUGCCAUUGAGAUAUGCUUACCUUGGGUAUCCUCAAUCAAAGUGUAUCUGUUUGACAUGAAUUAACAGGCCUCUUUUUUUAUGCACAGGAAAGAAGUUGUUUAAACCUGCUUUUAUCCUCCAAAUCUGGAAGAAGAACAACUCAAGGGUACUGCAUGGGUUUCUAAUGAGGCUAGUGUUCAUGGCAUGCCAUGUGGCUAGGAAAUGUGUGACUAAAUGUGUAGUUUAACCCUAAAUUUAUACAACUAAUUCAGAAUGAUGACUCUUCAAAGAUUAUCAUCAGAGUUGAGCAUUGUAAUAAAAGUUCUGUAUCACUGCAGACACCCCAAAUGAUGUCUGCUCACCUCAGGUUCAUCACUGCAGUAUUGGAGUUCCUUCCACAGGUUUAGAGUCUUUUCUCCUUGAAAUUUUAGCGUAUCUGCAUAUAAUACUCAUUAACAAAUGUAAAUUCAGCUUCAUUGUGGAGUUAGCUACCUGUAUUUCAUGCUUAUCCAUCACUUGGAAAUAAUAGCUCUUUAGCAACCCACUGAGCUCAGCGUGCUUAAGGUGCUGCGGUGGGAGCGAGCUGACUCAGAACACUGGGAAAGGACUUGCUGUUGUCAAGAAGAUCCAUGACUUACAUUCAUUUACCGAUGACAGUAAUUUCAGGCACGUGGGUAUCGUUGAGUGAAGACUUACGUGUCUCCACCCGUAUGAAGCAAUCCUCUGUUAGACCAUGCCAAAAAGUUUCUGAGUGUACUGAGAACUCUCCUGACACCCCUCUAUUAGUGAACCAGCUCCGCAAGGAAAAAUAGUUCACUGCACUCAAGGGACUCUGAAAGCAGUCUCACCUGUGCACUUUUUUAGCAAGAAAAAGAACCGUGUCUUCAGAAUCCAUGGUUAGUGACAAGUGAACGAUUUCCAAACGUGACAGGCUUGAAAUGCUGCAUUUCCACACCUGAUGAAGAAGCUGCUAUGUUUUGAAUAUAUUAUUUACAUUUUCAUGACAAUUUGUGACCGAGAGGAGAGAGAGAAUAUAGAUAGAGCCAUGCAAAAACAAAAUUUGCAGUUAAAUCAUGUUCGUGCUUCACUGAUCCAUUUCUGCCUUAUAUUUAACUAGGCUGGACUCCUGGCUGGAGACAGCGUGCUAACACUGAUAAAAAUAAUUAAGGUUUAUGGCCUAGAAAGGCGGGUAGAUGUGACGUGAUCGGUUCUAAAUGCUGCUGGGAACGUUGCACACAGGAAAAUUUCCAUUAAACCUGGAAUACCGCCCCCAUGCUUGAGCUUGGAGGAACAGUGACGACUCUUUAUUUGCCAAAGGGUGUAUGGCUUCGUUAUUAAAACCUGCGCUGGAGUUCAGUACCUCUUCUCCCUCCUGUCGGGCCGUCGUUUCGCCUCUCGGCGCAGUUCGGAAGGCCGCCGCCGCCACCUAGUGACAGCUCUGCGCACUGUGACAGCCCUGCACGCAGUGACAGCCCUGCACACAGUGACGGCCUUGUACGUACUGGCACCGAGACCUGCGGCGAUACACUGCUCUGGUCCCCACGUGCGGUGUGUGAGCACCUGGAGAGGACUUCUCCUUCCUCUGUGUGUUUGGAGGAUGCGCUCAUGGAAAUCUUCCACUCUAACACACGGUGGUAAAACCGUUUCUAAAGCCUAGGAUUGAGCAAAGCGUUUCUGAGACAGGACAAGAGGUAACGACCAUACACUGCACCAGGGGAGGUUCAGGUUGGAUAUCAGGAAACAUUUCUUCUCAGAAAGAGUGGUGAGGCAUUGGAACGGGCUGCCCAGGGAGGUGGUGGAGUCACUAUUCCUGGAGGUGUUCAAAGAACAUAUAGGAGUGGCACUGAGAGACAUAGUUUAAUGGGCAUGGGUGAGUGGCUGGACUAGAUCUGUUUACUGGUCUUUUCCAAAUGUAAUGUGCAAAGAGAGAGCCUAAAAGAAAUUGAAACAACAUUUAAAAAGAAAAAAAAAAUCUUUACAGGCAGAAGCAUGUGGGAGAGGUGGACAUAUAAAAGGUCCAGCUUAGAGGCUGUAAAGGAAAUUUAAUCAAAUAAUAAAAGCUGUCUUGGCCAUAUAAAGAAAAAUUAAGAGAAAUGGAUGUCUUACAUAUUGUAGGUGUUGGCAUUAAAAUGAAUCUAGGCACUGCCCCAAACUAUUUGUCUCAGCUUUGGUAAUGAUACUGGCAUUAUACACAGAAGCAAAAUCAAAACAGUGAAUGUGAGUGGGUGUGGAAACAGAUGUUAUUACAGGCAAGGUAAAAGCAAAGUGCAAAGAGCUCAGCUCUUGAGGAGGCUCAGAAACAGAGAUAAUAAAGCUCAUGAUAAGAGUUUUAAUGCAUUUGCUGAAACAGUUGCAAUGCCAUGUGAUUAAACAUUAGACAUUGAAGUAAGUUUCUUUUUCCCAAGGAAAAAAGGGAUCCAUAAAAAUAUGUUAUUUUGCUGCAUGCAAGGGUUAAAUAUUGCAUGAAAGAAACAGAGAUAUGAAAGGAUACAAAAUGCGAGAAACAGUUACUAAAGACAGAUUUUGCCAAAUUAACUUGGGAUUUUCUUUGAUGAAAUAUGAGAUUUUUUUUUUAAAGGAGUGACAGAACAAAGAGCAAUGGCCUAAAACUUGAACACAGGAAGUUCCAUACUAACAUGUGGCGGAACUUCUUUAUGGCAAGGGUGAUGGAGCAUUGGAACAGGUUGCCCAGAGAGGUUGUGAGGUCUCUUUCUAUGGAGAUAUUCAAGACCCAUCUGGAUACCUACAUGUGCAAACUAUUGUAGGGUACCUGCUUUAGCAGGGGGGUUGCACUCAAUGGUCUCUUGAGGUCCCUUCCCAUCCCUGUGAUUCUGUGAUUCUAUGAACUGCAGCAAAGCAAAUCCAUAUGGAUCUCAGGAAAGUGUUCGACAUGGUGUGUCAGCGUGGUGAUACUGGAAAAACAGAGGGAAGAAACCAGCUAAAGAGUUGUACUUACAGGAGAAGGCUCAGGCUAUAGAAAGAAGAGUUUUGUGGCUGUGGAGUGCAUAGGGAUUGACUGCAUUUAUCUUUAUGGUAAGUAUUUUGUCCAAUAAAGUAACAAAUAAAUAAAAAUAGAAGUGAUUAAUGAAAUAUGCUGGUGACACAAAGACAAUGACUUUAAAGCACAGGAGGACUGAACUGCCAUAAAGUGGAGGUGCAAGGAACAGAAGUCUAAAAUAACAAAGGCAAGGAACUUAGUGACCAGCAAGGUUUUAUUGAGGAAGUACAGGUGCAUCAGCUGCUGACAAAAGGUGAAGAGCUGGCUGUUUUAGUCAAUUAUCCAUUGCAGGAUAUCUAAAGACCACUACUUAUGAAAAGCGAAAACACACCUAUGUAUCUAUAAGACAAGAUCAAUGAUCUGAGAAGGAUUUUAGUACUGAGUUGCCUUUCCAGCUUCGCCCAAGUAUUUGCAGUACAAACCACACAUGAACAAGCAAUACAUUGACACAUAUGCUUAAAUUCAAGCAGAAGAUUUGUCUCAUCAAGUCUUCAGGUUUGGCAGACAGCUUGAACCAAGAGUAGAGUACAUAAUGGAACCUCUCAUUUAAAUGCAAGCAAAGCAACCCAUGCAAUGUUAAUAGAAAGAAAGAUUUUGCUGCAUUCUGUAAACCAAAUUUAACACACUGUAAUGUAAACAUAUCUAUCAGAGCAUAAAAUGAGCAAUGUCAAUAUAAUAACCAACAAGUGCCAUCAAUUUACACCCUUUUUAAGUCAGCUGGAAUGAAAACCUUGCAGUGUCGGGUCCCACCAUGUCCUUUUGUAACUCAGGUAAGCUGCAGCCGUGGCAUGCCAGGGUCACUGUUGGCCAAGCAACAGGGCUGUUUUUUGUUGAAGCAUGUGGUCAUAAUGAGUGUGUCUGUACAUAUAGCAUGUUUCAAAUGUCCACUGACACCUUUUAAUAUAUUUUUUGCAUAUUAUAUAUUGAAAUUCAACCAAAAUGUUAAAAUGAGGUGUCACAGAAUGAUAAGUAGAAUAGCAAUAAAGCUCUUCUAUCUUGUUGACAGGAAAAAUAUCAAAUUUUAAUCCCUUCAAAUGAUCUUAUUUCUCUGCCAAAUUUGAAAUCAAGAAUAAAUAUCUGAACAUGGAGUUAUCAAGGAAAGUCCUCUCUCGUGACUGUACCAAGCUCAAAACAACACAUCCCUUUCAUCAGAAGUGACCUUCUGUAUGAAUCCUCCUCUGCUUACAGAGCAAAUCCUCCAUAAAUCCCCAGCCUCUUGCAGCACUGUACUUUGUACAUGCACAGUGUAACUACUUUUAUCAUCUGCAGCUUGAAACAAUCUUCGGAGUAUGCCACUGAGCUGCAGCCUUUUCAAUGCCUCUGUUGCUUGGUGGGGAGCCUGGGUCAUAUCAUAGAAUCAUAGGAUGGUCUGGGUUGAAAAAGACCUCAAAGAUCAUCAAGUUUCAACCCCCCUGCUAUGUGCAGGGUCACCAACCACUACACCAGGCCACCCAGAGGCACAUCCAGCCUGGCCUUGAAUGCCUCCAGGGAUGAGGCAUCCACAACCUCCUUGGGCAACCUGUUCUAGUGUGUCACCACCCUCAUUCUCAUCAUGAGGGAUUUGUGAAGGCUGCAAAAUUAAAGUAAUAGGCGGGACAUGUUCAGUGUAAAUGUGGGCUGUGAGUGCAGUUGGUGGUACUUCAGAGCUAUGUGUGAACCUCAGUUAGGAAGGAAAAGCUGUCUUGAGCAGAGGCAGCAGGGGUAAUACUGCCUUCCUUCCAUCACCACCAAGCCCCUGCAUUAGGACAGAGAAAGGUGCUGGGGUCUGAUGCCAUAAGACACAUUUUGCCCUUUUGUUAUUAGCAGAUCUGAGCCUGUUCCAGUGCUGUGUGAUUCUUUCAAUACAGAAAGCACUACAUAAGAGUUGAGCUAUAUUCAGACCUCAAAAAAUGUGCCAAAAUGACUGAAGGCAACGUUUUGUGGAAAGUUCAGAGAAGAGAGAAAAUCAAAGGACCCUUAUUUUUAACCAAGAGUCCAGCAGUUUGUGUCGGCUUCCCACCUCAGACAAUGCAGCAGCCUGGUGAGAGCGAGGUAUUUUCUAUGGGCUCAGUUCCUACUAUUGUUUACAAGCCAAAUGUGAGGUUAGAUAGUAAUGGGUCAGCCCUUCGUAGUCAUGGCACAGGCAUCUCUUAGCAGUGACAUGCCUGUGUGUUAGGACAAAGAAACACAUGAGGGCAAGAGACCUACAGUCUUCUUCCUUUCACAUAAGCAUUUUGGCAAGAAAUGUUUGAGAAAAAUCAUAGAUUUUGCUGCUGAUUCUUUUUAAAUUAUUCUUUAACAACAACAACAACAACAAAAAUUACUAUUUUAAAGUAAUGCUUUUAACACUCAUCACAUUUGAUUUUCCUGAGUUAAGUGUCUAAGUAGAAGUAACUAAAUAGUUCUCAGACAACUCUGGAUUUAUGGCAGAAUCCAAUGAAGUUCAGGGGGUGCUAACUUGGGGGAAAAUAGGAUCAGUGUCAGUUGUUCAGAUUAUCCUAUUUCUGCAGUAUGAAGCAAUGACCCAAGCAAUACACAAUAGAUGUGUAACAAAUGAUGUGUGUGUGUGCAUAUGUACGCAUGUGUAUGCAUGUGCAUCUUUGUCUGUACGUGCCCAUACAUUCAUGCACACGUCUUUUCAGCAGGGUAGCAGCAGACUGCACCAGAUCUAAAGUGAUGUUAGAAAGCUGGACAUCAAAUGCAGAACAAGGUCAGAUUGAGAUGUGAAUUGAAGAAGGCUACAAAACAGUGUGAAUUACAGACAGAGUGGAAAGCCAGUUAUGCCCUUUUUAAAUCACCUGAGGCUCCUUUGUCAUUCCCAUACCUCAAAUUUAAGAGCUUUUUGGAACAAAGAAGCAACAUCUGUAAAAUUGUUUCCAGCAACAGCACAGCUGCGAACACAGUGUUACAGAGGAUACAGCCUUUAUCCCCACUUAGGGUUGCUCAUAGCAGUAGAAUUCAGGCGGAUGAAUUGGACAAAAAGGUUUUGUUCCCUGUCCCUACUGUGUAGCCAUGUGUCACUGUUAAGUGUUACUUGAAAAGUGAUCAUCAGUUACUAAAACAUUUUAACACGGAGUUAGCAAUUGUUUACUAGCAGAGCAAAUGCCAUUUGCCAUUCUCUUUUAAAAAUAAGUAACGUUAAUUGCUCUCAUUGAAGACUAGAAAGUAGGUUUUUAGGAUGGCUGGAGGAUGCCACGAAGUUCACAGAAUCGUAAACCAAAGUAAGAAACUGUAACAGUGGGUUAAUUCUGAUCUGACAUUACUGAGGUGCCACACGCUGUCCUGGCAAAGGCAUAGUGAAAACUGCUGUCCUACAGCUGAUGGAACUCUUUGAAGUGGAUUUACACAGGUUUGGUACUGUAUCAGAAAUCACAAGGGCACUAAGCAUCCAUAAACAAAGCUGUAGCCUGUACUGUGUGUAAGCUCUCUGGGAACACAUCUGAAUAACGUGGCCACCAGCAGAACAUGAGUUUCUCUGGGGAUUAGCGUUUUGGAUGCCAGCCUUCUAAUCACAGGGAUUCAGUUACUCCUUCCAAUCAGAUCAAUGUAACAUGGCUGUGUAACGCAAUGAUAGCACCUCUUCUAAAUGGAGAAAUGUUGAGUCCUGAGGAAGACAAGCUAUGUUCAUUUCAGCAUUUUUGCUUUGUGUCCUAUCCCUAUGUGGAGUCUCACGUGGAACUUUACACACCCUAAAAUUACACGCUGACCACCUUCUUUUCAGUAUAUUCUAGCUAAACAGACCACAUCCUGAUACACAAUCUCCUUUCAGUGUUUUUGCUACGAAUGUGGUGCAAGUCCACUGAAGUCAGCCUUGAAAUCCCAGUUUUGUCAAGCUCAGAAUCUGCUCGGUGGAGACCCAGUGCUGUUGGUUGAACUCGUGCUCUGCCACCUGCAGCUGAAGCCUAAACGUACUUUGAAUCCUAGCAGGGAGGUGUCCGAAGGCAGCUUCCCCAGCUUCCUUCGCAGCCACAGAUGUGCCUUUAACCCACGCAGCUCUGUCGCUCAGGCUGUCCCGCAGUAUCACUUACCGGCGUCACCGCAGAGGGGGAGCAGCACACCGCAGGCUGGCCCAGGACACAUGCAGAGACGUGCUGCUGCGGGGUGGUGGUUCGCGUUUUAGGAUCCUUCGGGCUUCUUCACAGCAGUGUUAGAGAGAGGAUCCCACUCAAUGCAGGGUGGCCCUGGGGUUUGCCUGCUACGGUCACUGACAAGCAGUUCCUCGAGCAACAAGGGCCCAGCAAUCAUGAACUGAAAACCACCAGAGUGAGGCCACCAACACCCCCAUCCACAUCUUUGCCUUUUUAGGUAGUUGUUCUCUGCUUCAGUACCAGUAAGAAACUUAAACUGCUCGCCAGUGCUGCUGUGCUGAGCUGACAAGUGGGAUGAAUGGUGCUAAUAGAAGCUCACAACGGCUGAAACACCCUGGCAUCCAAGAAUUUUCAUCGAGGGGAGUGGAGUAAUGAGCCUCUCUGCUAGAGAUGCUCACUGCCUCACAGGAUUGAGAGCCUGAGAGAAAAGGAAUGCACAAGAUGACAGCACUACCUCAGUCGUGUUGAUUUUCAGGAACUGAUAUUCAAUGGCUAGAAACAGAGGCAACAAGUGGCUGAAAUGAAUAUGACUGCUAUUCUACAAGAGAUAUUGAUUAAAAGGUCGCAGCAGAAGAAGAGGACUUCUCCCUUAAACUACAAAGAGAGGCUUUUUGUACUUACAAAUUCUAUGUUAACAUAUUAUGAAGGUCGAGCAGAGAAAAAGUACAGAAAAGGAUCUGUGGAUAUUUCAAGGAUUAAAUGUGUGGAAGUUGUGCAAAAUGAUGGUAUUAUUCCCUGUCAAAAUAAAUAUCCAUUUCAGGUUGUAUAUGAUGCUAAUACACUUUAUAUUUUUGCACCAAGUGCACAAAGCCGGGAUCAGUGGGUGAGGAAUCUGAAAGAAGGAAUAAAGAACAACAGCAAUAUAAUGAUAAAAUAUCAUCCUAAAUUCUGGACAGAAGGAAUUUAUCAGUGCUGCAGACAGACAGAAAAAUUAGCACCUGGGUGUGAAAAAUACAAUCUUUUUGAAAAUAGUGUAGUAACACUGCCCUUGCCAAUGCCAGAAAAAAGUAUGCGAAGGCCGCCACCACCUGUUCCUCCAGCUGAGGAAAAUGAUAACGAUGAGGAGGAGAUAGUGGUUGCGAUGUAUGACUUCCAGCCCACAGAAUGUCAUGAUUUAAGGUUAGAUAAAGGUGAAGAAUAUAUGGUAAUUGAGAAGAAUGACAUUCACUGGUGGAAGGCAAGAGACAAGCAUGGGCAUGAAGGAUAUAUCCCAAGCAACUACGUAACAGGAAAGAAGUCCAACAACCUUGAUCAAUAUGAAUGGUACAGCAGGAACCUGAACCGCAGCAAGGCAGAACAGCUCCUUAGAAAUGAGGACAAAGAAGGUGGUUUUGUGGUGAGAGAUUCAAGUCAGCCUGGCCUGUAUACAGUUUCCCUUUAUACAAAAUUUGGAGGAGAAGGUUCAUCAGGAAUAAGACACUACCAUAUAAAAGAAACAGUGACCUCUCCAAAGCAAUACUACCUUGCAGAAAAACAUCUCUUUAACUCCAUUCCAGAAAUCAUUGAGUAUCACAAACAUAAUGCAGCAGGUCUUGUUACCAGGCUGCGUUACCCAGUGACGCCAAAGAAGACAGCAGCACCAACAACUGCAGGAUUCAGCUAUGAGAAGUGGGAAAUCAAUCCAUCGGAGCUGACUUUCAUGAGAGAGCUGGGGAGUGGCCUGUUUGGAGUAGUGCGCCUUGGGAAAUGGAGAGCACAGUACAAAGUGGCCAUCAAAGCAAUUCGGGAAGGCGCGAUGUAUGAGGAGGAUUUUAUUGAAGAAGCCAAAGUGAUGAUGAAACUAACGCAUCCGAAGUUAGUUCAGCUGUAUGGUGUGUGCACACAACAGAGACCCAUCUACAUUGUGACAGAGUUCAUGGAGCAUGGCUGCCUUCUGAAUUACCUAAGACAAAAACGUGGGGUUUUGAGUAAAGAUGUCCUACUCACGAUGUGCCAAGAUGUCUGCGAGGGAAUGGAGUACCUGGAGAGGAACAGCUUUAUCCACAGAGACCUGGCUGCCAGGAACUGCUUGGUGAAUGAUUUGGGAGUGGUCAAAGUAUCUGAUUUUGGGAUGACAAGGUAUGUCCUUGAUGAUCAAUACACAAGCUCCUCAGGGGCUAAAUUUCCUGUGAAGUGGUGCCCGCCAGAAGUUUUUAAUUACAGUCGAUUCAGCAGCAAGUCAGAUGUCUGGUCGUUCGGUGUUUUAAUGUGGGAAGUGUUUACAGAAGGAAAAAUGCCCUUCGAAAAAAGUUCCAACUAUGAUGUGGUAACUAUGGUUAGCCAAGGGCAUCGUUUGUACCGCCCCAAACUAGCCUGCAAGCAGGUAUAUGAAGUCAUGAUGAUGUGCUGGCAGGAGAAACCGGAGGGACGCCCAACUUUUGAAGAUUUGCUCCAUAUAAUCAUUGACAUUGCAGAGGGCGAAGAUGCUUUCUGAGAACAGGCAAUAUCAGCACAAGUACAGAAAAGAAACCGCUUUCCAGAGAUGUCUUCACUGUUUCUUUUCAAAGGCUCGGUCCUGAAUGCUGCUGGAUGCUGCUAAACAGUGUGGGGAGCCCAUAAUGUUUAAUUCGCUUCAAUACAAGAACAGUUUUACAUGAUUUUGGGAAAUAAGCACUGUAUCUUCAGCAAUAAUAACAGUCUCAGUAUUUUCUCUGAAAAUUCGGCAUGGCAUAGCCAGAAAAUAGUGCUCUUUGUGGAGGAAGAAAGCAAAAAUGACCCAAGUGUGGGAGCUUAAUUUGCAUUUACUGAUUCGGGUUCAUGUACAUAUGGUCCAUGUUUCUGAAUUUCUCCUUAUACAGGUAGCAGUAGUAGUGAUGUGUGUGCUUAAAAAUUGACUGUAUCUAUUUACUGACAUACAAAUGUUUCUAGGGAUCCUCCAGAAACACUAUUCUUCUCAGUUGAUGGAUGUUUUAUGACAUACCAGGAACACACAUUUGCCUCUUCCAUUUGCACGUAAUAAGUUGUAAACAGCACAGUCUUCAGUCUGGUGUAACAUUCAAAGUGUUGCUUCAGGACUGAGCCAUGAUGUGCCCUGAGCCAUUCUAUGCUGUUUGGCCAACCGAAGACCUUCCAGUGUUAGGCAUGACGUUACUCAUGAAAAAUCAGUCCAAGAUUCAGCUGGCUGUCAGCGUACCAUAGUACCUUGUUUUAGGUUAAUUAUAAAAUAAUUUAUAUGCUGUAGGUAUUGUAAAUAUAUAAAUUUCAUGCAUUUAUUUAUAUAAACUCUUUUCCCCUUGACAUUUUCAAACACAAACUUGUCCUACCUUGACUUACAUACACAACUCUCAAAGUAUGGGGUUGUAAAUGAGAGAAAAUGCACUCAAAUGUGGUAAAGGAGGACUUAUUUUUCUGUCUGUCAUCUGUAUGCAUGUUGAUUUAAUCUUUCUAAUCUUAACAGACUACAUUGUACUACAUGUGUAUAUAAAUAAAUUGAAUGUUAGCUGUUAUUUGGAACAACGUGUUAAAGAGCUGCCACAAAUUUACUGUCAGGACAGUGCAUCGUAAGCCAAACUCAUUGUUCAUGUAAAUAUGGCAUUGUGAUUGUCCAUGUAUAUACAUACCUACGUGUACACAUGCUCUCUAUUAAAUGUAUAUAUUUUUAAUAUGAA